ACUGGCCUAAAGUUUGCCAGUAGAGAGCGAGGACAGUUAUAUCACCACAAUCAGCGGAGGUACCAUUCUCCAGAUACCGAGAACGGAGAAGGACCGAAACACAGAGAUAACGAAGCGCGUUUUGUCUCUAUACGGAACCAUUACGCAGAAGGAGAUUUUUGGACAUCUUCGCGAAAGCCGAGGUCGUUUCGCGGUGUUUUGGAGAAGUAGCGGGUCCGUGGUUCGCGGAGACCCUGGGGGCUUCAUGGUCCGGUCCAUUGUUAUCUUGGACUGUCUUUAUUUACUACUGCAAGCAGGGCAUAACGAAAACUGACCGGGAACAGAAGUGUCCGUAGAAGUGACUUUUCACAACCAGGAAAGGAAACCUCCCUUAUAGCCUAUAUUUCAGCAGGGGUGAAAGAGAGGUGUCAAAAUGUAUCAAAGCCUAGCUUUAACCUCGAACCAGUCCCCGUACGUGCAUGAGACCGGGAACUACAUACACCCCGUGGCCAGCUCCCCGGUGUACGUACCCACCACGAGAGUGCCCGCUAUGCUCCCCGCGCUGCCCUAUCUACAGACUUGCGAGACGCCACACCAGGCUCCCAGUCUCGGUGGACACCACGGCUGGCCUCAGAGCGGCGCAGACAGUUCCUCGUUCAAUCCGGGAAGCCCUCACCCGCCCCACGGCUUCUCCUACUCACACAGCCCGCCGGUGAGCUGCAACACCGGCAGGGACACAGCCUACCAGAACCCGCUGGUACUUGGUAACGGCGGCCGGGCCGACCAGUACGGCAGCGCGCUGGUGCGCUCGGUUGGAGGGUCGUACUCGAGUCCCUAUGCCUACAUGAGCCCCGAGAUGGCGAGCUCGUGGACCCCCGGUCACUUCGAGAGUGGAAUAAUAGGUCUACACGGUCGGCAGGGCUCCCUGGCCGGGAGAGGACCCAGUUUCGACAUGCUGGAGGAGAUUCCCGGUGAGGGGCGCGAGUGCGUCAACUGCGGCUCCAUCUCCACGCCGCUGUGGCGGCGGGACGGGACUGGCCACUACCUCUGUAACGCGUGCGGCCUCUACCACAAGAUGAACGGCAUCAACCGACCACUCAUCAAACCCCAGAAGCGCCUUCAGGCGACGUCGCGGCGAGCAGGACUGUGCUGCACCAACUGCCACACCAGCACCACCACGCUGUGGAGACGCAACGCCGAGGGGGAGCCAGUCUGCAACGCCUGCGGCCUCUACAUGAAGCUACACGGGGUGCCCCGCCCCCUGGCCAUGAAGAAGGAGAGCAUCCAGACGAGGAAACGUAAACCCAAAAUGAAGACCUCCCAGGGUGGGGGGCAGGCUUCCAGAGGGGGGACAGCCUCAGGUACUUCAGCCUCUCUCUCCAUAUCUGAGCACGCCUCCACCAUCAAGAGUGAGCCCAACCUCGCACCCUCGCCCUACCCAGGACUAACCCUGACCUCCGCCUCGCAGACCUCCUCCCAGCUGGACAGGGCAGGCUCAGUGCUGGUGGACAUCAAGUAUGAGGACUUCCCCUUCACCUCCUCCUCCCUACCUCCUCACAACUCCUGGUGUGCUCUGUCUCAGGCCUGAGCACCUCCACAUCACCAAAUGGUCUCAGCUCACCUGGUCUCAACCCCCCCCUUCAACUGGGGAAGCCCAUCUACCCUGGAAACCCAGUGAACAACCAUCUCCUCAUCUAGAGGUCAUCAAUGUGUUCUGCAGGCUGGACAGUCUGCUGCUGGAGCUGUUGUCACGACAUCCCACUUGAGGUAAUCAGCGCCAUGCUAUCACCACGGAGACGGGAGCACCAAUCACAGUGUCGUCAGAUUUACGACCUCGGAGCUCAUCUCAUGAUGAUUAACUUUUAUAGAGACAUUAUUUAUGUUGAGAUAAGCAGUCACACCCCAAGAACACCGACGCCAGCCUCACAUUACCCACAAUCCACCUCUACGUGUUCCUGUUUCAGGGGCGUUAACUUCCACAGCAACCUUUUUCUCACUGCAGCUAGGACUGGACUGUAGAGUUGUUCUGUGUCUAGGACUGGACUGUAGAAUGGUUCUGUGUUUAGGACUGGACUGUAGAGUUGUUCUGUGUCUAGGACUGGACUGUAGAAUGGUUCUGUGUUUAAGACUGGACUGGACUGUAGAGUUGUUCUGUGUCUAGGACUGGACUGUAGAAUGGUUCUGUGUCUAGGACUGGACUGUAGAAUGGUUCUGUGUUUAGGACUGGACUGUAGAGUUGUUCUGUGUCUAGGACUGGACUGUAGAAUGGUUCUGUGUUUAGGACUGGACUGUAGAGUUGUUCUGUGUGUAGUUGGAGUUUGGUCCAGAAUGCCGGACGGAAGUGUUGUGAAAGGAAGCUGUGAUUGUAUCAUAGUAACUCACUGCUUUACAGUGUUCUUUGAAAUCUGUUUAGUUUAAUAAACUGAUUCAUUAAUUGUU